UUGUUUUUCUUUUUCUACUAAGCCAUGUUUUUUGGAACUGGCCAUUAUUAAAUAUGUAAGUCAUUCCGGUGACAACAAGGCUGACAGAGGCAUCAGCUAGAUGUGCCCUAGUUCCAAGAAAAAAAUGCGCAGCUUCAAAACACUCAGCCCCAUCACAGGUCAUUUAAUAUUCUACGCAUCAGUAUGAAUUUAUGAAAAAAAUACACAAAUAUAUUCCAUUCAAAAAACGAGGACGCCGGCAGGAACUGCCGGUUGCCAACCUAGAGGGGCCUACGCCAGUCUCAGAGGUGUCCAAUGAUCAGAUGUCCCAUGAGCAGAAGGUGAUUAGCUUUAUGCGGAAACAUGGCGUGAAAGAGGAUGUAGCGCGCUACUAUCUUAGCUCAAACGGCUGGCUGUUGGAUCAGGCCUCGUUAAGGUAUGAAACCGAAAAUGCUGAAGGUGUGGACAGUUCCAAAGAUGUCGACAAUUCCAAAAAUGCCGACAGCAAUGUAAGGAUAGACCCGAAGGGCUUGGAAUCGCUUCAGAGCCUUUUAAGCCAACACGAUGCUCACAAAUCGGAGGAAGAGACUGAAAAUUAUUUUGCGGGUGGUUCGGAGACGUCGGGUCAACAAAUUUUAGGUCCAAAGGCACAAAAACGUGUCCACAUGGACACCUCAACACCGGCCAUUACCUCGACAGACAGUAUGCGCAGCUUACGAACUUGGGGUCAUGGUGAACGUCUGGGCAGUGCUCAUCCCAUCAAUCCUCCCUCAACACGGCCACACUCCAGCCCCGUAGAAGGCCACGAAAGUGAUUCUGACAUGAGUGAUAGCGAGCAUAGAAUUGUCAUAUUGCACCUUUGGGCGGAAGGGUUUUCACUUGACGACGGUUCUCUGCGUCCGUACGAUUUGCCCGAGAACGAGCGUUUUCUGCGUGAAAUACUGCGGGGCCAGUUCCCCGAAGAGAUGAAACAAUAUGGCCACCGUAUCGAUCUUUCUGUACAAGAUCACACCAAUCAGUCCUUCCGCCACUUGUCGCGCAGACAGUUCAUGGGCUCAGGCCGCUUGCUGGGCAGUCCGACGCCAGAGCUUUCUGUUAACAUAUCGACGAUCGAAUUAACUCAGGAGCAGGUUCUACAGGAGCAGGAGCUUCUAGCCGAGCGUACACUCAAUUUUGAUGAAACCGCACCCAUAGUGACUAUACAGGUCCGUCUAGCUGAUGGCAGUCGCAUCUCAGCACGCUUUAACGAAACGCACACCAUUGGCGAACUCUAUCGCUAUGUGCGAAUAUCGAGGCCUCAAUACUCCAGCGUGGAGUUCGUCCUGAUGACAGCAUUUCCACGUGAGACCCUGGAUGAGAGAGAUGAGCGCACAUUGGCUAAAGCGAAUCUUAAAAAAGUGCUGGUCAUACAACAUAUCAACUAGUUGCUUUUACAUCAACAUCAAUAAAUUUAUUAGUCGUUCAUAGAAAUAAACAAAAUUCCACCUGCAAAGAAAUCGAAA